UAUGGGAGUGGCGCCUCUCCCUUUACUUACUCUAUGAUUACUUAGGCCAUGGUUACAUAUAGACUCACUUUUUAAUUUGUGAAGAUAUUAUUUAUAUUACAAAACCACUUUGUACUUAUGCGAAAAUGGUGACUGCUAUUGGAUUGGAAGGAAGUGCAAAUAAAUUGGGAAUUGGUAUUAUUAGGGAUGGAAAGAUUUUGGCGAACUGUCGUAGGACUUACAUAACCCCACCAGGAGAAGGGUUCCUCCCGCGCGAGACGGCGCAGCACCACCGCGCCCACGUGCUGGCCCUGCUGCGCGAGGCCCUGGACCGUGCCGGGGUGCAGCCUCGCGACGUGGACGUGGUCUGCUACACGAAGGGGCCUGGCAUGGCCCCGCCCCUGCUCACGGUCGCCAUCGUCGCCCGCACCAUCGCGCUGCUGUGGGGCAAGCCCAUCGUGGGCGUCAACCACUGCGUUGGCCACAUAGAAAUGGGUCGCCUGGUGACGAGGUGCGACAACCCCACCGUGCUAUACGUCAGUGGGGGCAACACGCAGGUGAUAGUGUACUCGCGGCGACGGUACCGCAUCUUCGGGGAGACCAUCGACAUGGCGAUCGGCAACUGCCUGGACCGGUUUGCCCGCCUGCUGAUGCUGUCCAACGACCCCAGUCCCGGCUACAACGUCGAGCAGCUGGCCAAAAAGGGCAAGAAGUUUGUGCCCAUCCCGUACGUGGUGAAGGGCAUGGACGUCUCGUUCUCCGGUCUGCUCUCCCACCUGGAGAAGCAGGCGCCCCUGCUGCUGGCCGGCGGGGAGUGCACCCGGGAGGACCUGUGCUUCAGCCUGCAGGAGACGGUGUUCGCCAUGCUCGUCGAGAUAACCGAGCGCGCGAUGGCGCACUGCGGCUCGCGGGAGGUGCUGGUGGUGGGCGGGGUUGGCUGCAACGAGCGCCUACAGCAGAUGAUGGGGCGCAUGUGCGAGGAGCGUGGCGCAGUGCUGCACGCCACGGACGAGCGCUACUGCAUCGACAACGGGGCCAUGAUCGCACAGGCCGGCUGCGAGAUGUUCUCCAGCGGCCAGGUCACCCCGUGGGAGGAGACCACCGUCACCCAGAGGUUUCGCACGGAUGAGGUCGAGGUCACGUGGAGGUGAGGACUUGCACUUCCAUCACUGACACAGACCUAAAUGCUUACCAAGUGCUGCAGUGAUCUGGUGACUGUGAUCGCGAUCAUUUAGGAAAGUGGUCGUGUGUCAUUGUGAAGACUGUGUGCUGUGCUUAUGUUAUGAGGAGGCUACGUGUAUGGCUGUGGAAUUGUUGUUGAGCAUAUAUGCCGUGUGCAUUUUGUUUUCUGAAACAUUUUUAUGAGUUCAAAAAUGCAGUUGUGCAGCAGGUCAAGUAUGUGACAAGCAUAUAACUCGUUUGACUACACAACUGUUAGUAAUUGACGAGCAUGUUUUGAAGUUUAAAGUUAUAAUAUUUAUUUCAAAUUUUUUUUAAAUUAAAAUAUAAUUUUUAAUGUGUUUCAGGUCAGGUUAUGUUUUUAGGAAAAGUAAGUUUUUCUUGCAGAAUAAAAACCAUAACAGAUGAA